CCCGAUAAGGUAAAAAGACAACAAAAUACGAUUGAACUAUUGAAGUCAUUGAACAAUUCAACUGUAUAAAUAUUAUUCUAUAUUUUUUAUGUUCUGUUCUUCAGUUAUUCAAGCUGUCAAUAGUCAAUAUACCUUGAUUUUGUCUGUACUUAUUUCAAAUUCUAUGUCUUAGUACUACUGUGUUUCGAACACUGGUGCAUUAAAUACAAUCUUUUUCAUAUUUUAUUUUUUCUCUAAUUCGUCUGGAUAGUCAUGUCCAGCAGCAAAGCUGUCGAAAAGUCUGCCAAGAAGUUGGUUCAAAAAUGUCUACCGUUUAAGUUGGUAAAUUCUCCCGGCGACGAUGCCAAUUCUAAAUGUCGUAAACGGAAACUCAGUGGCACCGAAAAUGACGAAACACGAGUUGAAAAUCCUAAGGUUGAACUGCUCAAUGGAGGAACCAAGUGUUUUAUUAAAUCUGACGAUGAGGAAAAAAAAAUAAAUGGGGAAAUAUCGCAAUGGGUAAAUCCUCACAAGUCACUUUAUAUUGAAUCAAGUGAAGAUGAUAUGGGUGCUAAAGAAUCCGUUAGUUCAAUUAUAGCUAAGUCAGAAAACAUAAUUGAAAAAGUGUAUGAAGAAAUAAAUGAUGUACCAAAAACUGAUGAAAGUAUUAAAGAUGUUGAUGAUACUAUUUCUACAUCAUCAGAUACAGAUAUUGCUUGUAAUGAUAUAUCAGUUAAUUCAACUUCUGAUUCUGGAAAAUUAGAAAAUACUACACCAUCUUCAAAGAAGCUUACUCCGCAACAAAUAUUAAAAAGACAAGAAUCAGCAAAAAGAAAUGAAGAAAGAGAAAGAAUUAAACAAGAAAAAUUAAAAGCUCGAGAAGAAAAACUUAAAGAACAAGCUGAAAAGCAACGUUUAAAAGAACAAAAAAGAAUUGCUGAAAUUGAAGCUAAACGACUACGCGAAUUAGAAAAAAAACAAAAAGAAGAAGAAAAAAAGGCCAAAGAAUUAGAAAAAGAACUAGAGAGAAAACAAAAAGAAGAAGAAAAGAAGGCUAAAGAUUUGGAAAAAGAAAAGGAAAGAAAGCAAAAAGAAGACGAGAGAAAAGCAAAAGAAUUAGAAAAAGAAAAGCAAAAAGAAAAAGAAGAAAUGGAAAAGAAAAAAAAAGAAAAGGUUAAAGCUGCUUUUGUUGGUUUUUUUAAACCAAAAAAUUUGAAUUUAGAGAUUUCUAAAAAGGACGAUGAGAUAUGUAAUCAAGAAUUGGAAACUUACUUUAUGCCUUUCCAGACUAAGCAAGACAUGAAAAUAGCACCAAUAUGUAGAGCAUAUCUAAAUAUUGAUAAAUUAAAAAUUGUGGAUAAAUGUAUUAGUCACUGCGAAAAAAAUAAAGACUUAUUGUAUUUAAGUUUGUUAAAAACUGGAAAACACAAGCCUUCUAAGUCUGAUGCAACUUGGCCUAUUCAAGUUGAAGAUGAUACAGACGUCAUUAUCAUUGAAACUGGGUCAACAAAUAAUGAAGAUGUGAAUAAAGUUGGUACUACUCUUAGAAAAAAUUCUCAAAAAUUCCGUUGGAAACUAUUACAGUUUGAUGAAAACAAACGUCCUCCUUAUUGGGGAACAUGGAGAAAGAAAAGUCUUUAUGUAAAACCAAAAAGACCAUUUGCUUGUGAUAAAAUAAUGUUUGACUACGAAAUUGAUUCUGACGAUGAGUGGGAAGAAGAAGAUCCUGGUGAGAGUAUACAUGGUACAGAUAAUGAAGAAGAACCUGAGGAUGAAUAUGAAGUUGAUAAUGAUGUUUUUGUUCCACAUGGAUAUUUGAGUGAUGAAGAAGGUCAAGACAAUGACAGCGAUACUGAAGAAGUACAACAAGAAAAACUAAAGCUUCUAGGAGAAGAAUUUGAAGCUGAAAUUAAGAAAAAAACAGAACGUAUUAAGCCAAGGCUAGUUGGUUGUAUAUGGAUACCAAAUAAUGUUACUAAUUCUAAAAAUGUGAAUAAAUCGAUAGCUGACACAUUACUAAAAUAUCGUUGUGUUUGGGAUGAGGAAGAACCUAUCAUAACAAAAGCAGAGAUCAAAGUAGAUUCACCUAGAGACCUAACUGCUACUGAAACCAAAAAGACUAAAAUACUUCCUGAUUCAAUUAUUCCAGAUUUAAUUACAUUUAUACACGGUAAUACAAAUGGCAUGAAAUUGGCAGUUAAAAAUUUUAUUGAUGAACUUGUCAAAAAUGGCCGCAAUACUGAUGAUGAUAACGCUAUCUCUUUAUCAACUGUUAAGAAAACCAUAAAAUCUAUUGCAACAAAAUCUACGCAUGUUGCUCCAUGGUGUGUAAGUAAAGAGAACUUUGAAAAAUAUGGAGUUGAAUAUCCUACAAAUUUAGAAAAUGAAGUUCAAAAAUCGAAACCCUCCGUAAAAAAAAUAACCAGCUUUAUGACACCUCAAAAUCAAAAAGCAAAAGUCAAUUUAUUAGAAAAAUCAUGUGGUGAAAUGGAUCAAAAUGUGACUGAGUCUAAGAAAGAUGUUUUUAUCCCAAAAAAUCUUUUCAACACUAAAGAGAGCACAAAACCACCAGUAAUGGACAUAAUUAAGGAAGGACAAAAAAUCAACAUUGUUGGAGGUAAAAAAAGGAUUACACCUAUUCUUUUAUCACCAAAAAAAAAAAUAAAAUCAAUGGUAGACAGAAAAUUUAAAGAGAAAUCUUUGAGCCCUGAUAUGGAUGAAGUCUGUGAAGAUAUACCUAUUCCUAACAUUAAAACUGUAUGAAAUUGUUUGAUAUUUCUAUACAAUGUAGGUAUCUACAGUUAGACUUGUUAAUACAUUUGUUUAUAUGUUGUUUAUAUUAUUCCAAUUAUUUUAUUAAUUAUAAGUUAUUUAAUGAAAAUUUAAGAAGUUUUUUUUAUAGUUUUAUAGUAUUGUAAUAUUGAAGUUACAUAACAUAAUGAAAUAAUAAAUUAAAAAGAACCUUUUGUGAA